AUGGGCAUCACGGCACAGAGCGAGGGAGCAGCAGAGGAGGGGACACAGGUUGUGUUUGUGACGCAGAGCCGCGGCGCCCUGGAGAGCAUCCAGCGCUUCUCCCUGCUGCCCACCUACCUGCCCGUGACCUACCGCGUCCAGCACGCCGACGCGUCCUUCUUCCUGAAGGAGGCCAACCAGGACGUCAUGCGCAACUCCAGCCUGCAGUCGCGCGUGGAGUCCUUCCUGGUCUACAAGGCCCAGCAGCCGCCCGUGCUCAACGCCAGCUACGGGCCCUUCUCCGCGCAGCAGGCGCUGGGCCGGGACCUCCUGCUGCCCGCCAGCCCCUUCGGCUUCUCCGGCCAGUUUGCCCUCAACUGGAAGCUGAAGGCCCACAUCCUGCGGGACCGCGUCUACCCGGACCGGCCCACCGUGCAGGUUCUGUUCCACGUCGUGGGCAGAGACUGGGCCGAGCGCAGCCCCGGGGAGCAGCUGCCCUGCCUGCGGGUGUUCGCCUUCCGGGAGACCCGGGAGGUGCGGGGCGGCUGCCGGCUGCGCGGGGACCUGGGGCUGUGCGUGGCGCAGCUGCAGCUGCUGGCCAGCUGGUUCAGCGCCCCCGCCGUGCUGGCCGGGAGGAAGAGGCCGGCGGAGCCCGCGGAGGGCAGCGCGGUGGAGCUCUACUACGCGGUGCACGCGGGGGACGAGCGCGGGGACUGUGCCCGGGGGCCCUCGCGGACGAGUGGCGGCGCCGGGACCGGCCGCAGCGACCUGGACGAGUCGGGACCUCCCUUGCAGAGGAUCGGGACGGUGUUUCUGUACCAGGCCCACAGCCGACCUCCGCUGAGAGAGCUGCGUUUGGACGGCAAUGUGGCCGUGCACUACCUGCCAAAGACGGCCCGGCACGGCGACGUGCUCACCUUUCCCGUGUCCGUCUCCAGAAACUCCACGGAGGAUCGGUUCACGCUCAGGGUGAAGGUGAAGAAGGGCCUGCGCGUGGCUGGGGUCAGAGCCAGCAGCCCCUCCAUCUGGGAGGUCAAGGAGAGCUCGGACUACACAGGCAAGUACGCGCCUGCUGCCGUCGUUUGCCAGAAGACAUCUGCAGGCUCGGACAACAGCCCCUACAGCAGUGCCUGA